AUGGGUUCUUCUGGAAGAUGGAUGCUCUGGAUCCUGUGUGUGUGUUUCACCGCUCUGGAGAGUGUUGCACUCAGGGUAACCAUGAGGGAAGCCAGUCUGGAGGUGGUCCGAGGGGAUUUUGUCAUCCUGCCCUGCUCCUUCUUCACCUCCAGCCCUCUCUCCAGGCUCAACGUUAUCUGGACUCUGGCUCCCUUCUCCAACCCAGAAACCCCGAUACAGGUGAUUGUGUAUGACCAUGGACAGGUGAUUGAAGACCCCUCCCUCACUGGCAGGGUGGGUUUUACAGGUAUUCCCUGGAGUGCGGAUAUUAUCCUGAAUGACACACAAGUAUCCGAUGCGGGUAUUUACCGCUGCAUGGUCAAUAACCCACCUGAGACAGCAGAUCCUGGCAUAGGAGAACUGGUGCUCAGUGUCCUGGCGCCACCUUCGCUGCCUGUGUGCCAGUGGGAUGGAGAUAUUGAUAUGGGAGGAAGUGUCACGUUGUCCUGCUCAGUGGCAGAGGGCAUCCCCACUCCAGAGAUCCGCUGGGAUAAACUGAAUCCAGAGGAAAUCUCACUUCCCAUCAACAUGGAGGGGGAUCUGUCAGGCUCCGUCCAAAUUGUCAAUGUGUCCUCUCAGACGUCCGGCCUGUAUCGCUGCUAUGCCACGAACCUCCUGGGAACUGAGAACUGCUAUGUCAAUCUGUCCAUCUACAGCACCCCAGACAGUUCCUCAGGCAUCCUGCAGGGUGUGCUGCUGACCUUGUCGAUGAGCCUGGUGUUGCUGGCGUUGCUGGUGCUCGUGCUGUGGCUCCAUCGCACGGGGCAGGACGGGAGGUGGAGGGAGGGGAAGGAAGAGGAGGAGGGGUGUUACAACGAGAUCCGAUACACUCCGUCUCUGAUGAAGCGCUCGUUUGUUUGA